AUGCAUUGCAAUCUCCAUUAUUUCGUAAAAUCGACUACAUGGGUUAAUGAUCGUGUUUUUAUGAUUACAGAUAAUGAAAAUAAGAUGAAAAGUGCGUUCAAAGAUAAUGUUGAACGUAUUGGAUGCAGCGCACAUUAUAUAAAUAAAGUUCUUGAGCAUUCAUUUAUGAAGGAAAGUAUUCAUUCACCAACAUUGCAUCUUGUUAUUCCUUAUAAACAAUUUUUGAUCAAUUUAUCAAAUGAUACUGAUGACAAACAAUUAAUUUUUCCAGUAAAAAAAUAUAUUGGUGAAGAAUUAGAAAAUUAUUGGGUCGUAGAGGACGUUCAUUAUGUUGCAACAAUGCUUCACCCUAAUCUUAAAAGUUUUAAUUAUACACCACAACAAAAAUAUCAUGCCGAAACAUUGUUAAAAUUGGAAUUUGAAAAACAUCAACAACUGGAACAACAAAUAUCAUUAUCAAAUAAUAAUAAUAAUACUAGUAGUAGUAAUAAUAUAUUUGAUUUACCAUUAUUAUCACAUGAAUCACCAGAUGGUGAAGAAAUAAAAACGGAAUUGGAUAAAUAUAUGGAUAAUCAGAAAAAAAUGAUAAAGAUAUGA